AUGUGCUACAAGUUCAGCGGCUUCACCCAGAAGCUGGCUGAGUCCUGGGCUUCUGCCGCCUACAGCCCACAGGGUUUAAAGCCUGUGGCAUCCUCAGAAGCACCACCUAUUAUAUUUGCCACACCAAGGAAAUUUGCCUCAGAACCAGCUCCAUAUGACUAUGCUGGGAAAAACAAAGUUCCUGAGCUGCAGAAAUUUUUUUCAGAAAUCUGAUGGUUUACCUGUGCACUGGAAACACGGUCUCCCUGACCAAAUGCUCUAUCGGACCACCUUGGCUUCGACACUGGGAGG